CACAGCGGGCGCUUAGAGGCGGGUGGGAGGGGACCAGGACACGGCAGCGGGAGGAGAGCCGAGGACAGCGGCACCGAACCCCUCCGAGCGCCGGCCCAGUUAGCUUCUUGUUCUUCAAAGUCAGUGCAUCUCUCUGUGAGCACGAGCGCCCCGGAAUCCCGGGGGCUGCAGAGCUGGGGGGGCGUUCGAGCUGCGAGGAGCCGGGCUGCCCGCGAGACGAGGAGCGGGUGCCCAGGAUGGGGUGCGUGAAGUCCAGGUUCCUACGGAAUGGAGGCAAGAGCUCGAAAACUGAGUCCAGCGCCAACCCACACAGCCCUGUGGGCACACAGGAUCUUCCAUCUGUGGCCAAGCUGGGGCCUAACAGCUACAAUGGCAACCCGCCAGGGUCUAUGGAGGCAGGCUCUGAGGAAAUCGUCGUGGUCGCCCUGUACGAUUACGAGGCCAUUCACCAUGAAGACCUCAGCUUCCAGAAAGGGGACAAGAUGGUGGUCCUGGAGGAGUCUGGGGAGUGGUGGAAGGCUCGAUCCCUGGCCACCCGGAAAGAGGGCUACAUCCCGAGCAACUAUGUCGCCCGUGUUGACUCUCUGGAGACAGAGGAGUGGUUCUUCAAGGGCAUCAGCAGGAAGGAUGCAGAGCGCCAACUCCUAGCUCCCGGCAAUGUGCUAGGCUCGUUCAUGAUCCGAGACAGCGAGACCACCAAAGGGAGCUACUCGUUGUCUGUGCGAGACUACGACCCCCGGCAAGGAGAUGCAGUGAAGCAUUACAAGAUCCGGACCCUGGACAACGGAGGCUUCUAUAUCUCCCCGAGGAGCACCUUCAGCACCCUGCAGGAGCUGGUGGCCCACUACAAGAAGAAUAACGAUGGUCUCUGCCAGAAGUUGUCGGUGGCCUGCAUGUCCCCCAAGCCACAGAAGCCUUGGGAGAAAGAUGCCUGGGAGAUCCCCCGGGAAUCCCUCAAACUGGAGAAAAGACUUGGAGCUGGACAGUUUGGGGAAGUGUGGAUGGCCACCUACAACAAGCACACCAAGGUGGCAGUGAAGACGAUGAAGCCCGGCAGCAUGUCGGUGGAGGCCUUCCUGGCUGAGGCCAACCUGAUGAAAACCCUGCAGCACGACAAGCUGGUGAAGCUGCACGCAGUGGUCACGGAGGAGCCCAUCUACAUCAUCACAGAGUUCAUGGCCAAAGGAAGCCUGCUGGACUUUCUGAAAAGUGACGAAGGCAGCAAGCAGCCCUUGCCCAAGCUCAUCGACUUCUCAGCCCAGAUUGCAGAAGGCAUGGCCUUCAUUGAGCAAAGGAACUACAUUCACCGAGACCUCCGAGCUGCCAACAUCUUGGUCUCUGCAUCCCUGGUGUGUAAGAUUGCUGACUUCGGGCUGGCACGGAUCAUCGAAGACAAUGAGUACACGGCUCGGGAAGGGGCCAAGUUCCCCAUCAAGUGGACGGCUCCGGAAGCCAUCAACUUUGGCUCCUUCACCAUCAAGUCUGACGUCUGGUCCUUUGGUAUCCUGCUGAUGGAGAUCGUCACCUACGGCCGGAUCCCUUACCCAGGGAUGUCAAACCCAGAGGUGAUCCGAGCACUGGAGCGUGGAUACCGGAUGCCUCGACCGGAGCACUGCCCCGAGGCGCUGUACAGCAUCAUGACACGCUGCUGGAAGAACCGCCCAGAGGAGCGGCCCACCUUUGAAUACAUCCAGAGUGUGCUGGAUGACUUUUACACGGCCACCGAGAGCCAGUACCAACAGCAGCCAUGACAGGCAGGAGCAGGACAGGGCCAGGAGCCCCAGUGGUGCCUGAGGUGGCUCCAACACCAUUUGCCGGGGUCACCCACCCAUCCCACUCCCAGAUGCCCACGCACACUCCAGCCACAGUUUCCCUGUCUGUCAAGUGGGCAGGUUGGACCCGGACAAUCUCUUUUUGACUCUAGCAAAUGCACAAUCUGCCAUUCUCAGGAGACCCCAAGUUGAUAUUUCUAUUACCUGAAAUGGUUGGAUUUCAGUUACAGCUGUGGAGUAGAUGGGAAACUUUCAAAGUGAUGAGAUAGUAUUUAAAUAAAAGAUACAAAUGCCAACGCCUUUACCAAAA